AAUAAUAGGAGAAAAUAGAUAGAAUAGAAAUUAGAUUCGUCGACGGAGAAUGGAAGGUGGUGGUGGUGGCGGCGGCGGUGGUCUGAGUGCAAAUUUGAAGGCAGCAGCGGUGCUUUGGGUGGAGGGAUUCAGACAAGCCUGUUGCCUUCACCGUGUGCUCAUUCUCUGCCGCAGGUCCAGAAAGCUUCUGAUACGCACAGGACAGUGUUUUCUAUUGAACGGUUUCAUAUUCUUAGGAAGUAUCAUUGUCCUUUACUCGUUCCUCAUCCCAGCUCUAUACUGGAUAUUGCCCGACAUAUGUCCGCAAUUUACACCUCGAGGCGUCUGCUCAUUUACUGGCAUUUUGAAAUUUUAUUCCUACUUACGUCAUGGACUCAUACACCUCUUUUAUGUAACUUGGUUAUAUCCAUUAUAUGUAUUCAGCAUUAUCCUGAGCAACAUCUGGUACAAUGAUAUUGCCAAGUAUGGGUUUUCUGCAAUGGGGAAUCCUGUGAUUAACGAAUUGGAUCCCGUACGACAGAGUGAUGCAUCAACCAUAAAAAAUUACCCUGGCCUUGCACAACCAACUGACCUAGGAUGGGUCUUGAUUGGAAUAGGAGAGCAGGUUUAUUCAGUGCUUCUUUUGAGCUGUUUCUUCUUGGAGGUAUAUGUGACAGGAUUUAUACCAUAUGUGGGCAAGGCAUUAAAUUUUCUGCUUUUUUCUUGGAUGUAUGCCUACUACUGUUUUGAGUACAAAUGGAAUUUCUCUGGAAUCAGCCUGGACAAAAGGCUAAACCUCUUUGAAUCUAACUGGGCAUUUUUUGCUGGUUUUGGAAGCCCAUGUGUUCUACCGCUUUUCUUUUUCUCACCUCUUGUGAGCUACGGGUGUAUGGCUAUACUCUUUCCGUUGUUCGUUUUGGCAGCUACAGGUUCAGAAGCUGAACAACUUAUUUCAUCUCAAAGAACAAGAUGGGGAGAUGCAUGUUUCGAACGGCUUCAAAUAUUCAAGUUCGCAGAUACUUUGUCGAUGAGCUUGUUGUCGCUAAUUCCGUUACAAUCAAAGAGACAUCGGCAAUAACAGAAGUAUAUGGGAGAAGGUACUUCAUUGCAUGAACAAUCCUAAAUGACAAAUUCCGCCAAUCUGUUCAUUAAGCAAGUAAAGCAUGGUCUGAAGUUAACGUAUGGGUACAUGCAAAGUAGGUAUGACCAAAGCUACAUACAUCAACAAUAUUCCUAGACAACAAUUUGAGUGGUUAUGUGAAAUUUAAAACUAACAGAAAUGUACGGAUAUUACAUUGUAUCAGGCUUGUAUUGACAUAAGCUAACAGAGUUGUCCGACUGUUUCCUUUUAGUAUUUGGUUGUUCCAUUUAGUUAUCAUAAGUUAAGGGGAAAUUUCAAGGGGAAAUGACAAUUUGAACAAAAACACCCUAAACUUGCCUUUUCCAAAUUUUUGU